CACUGGAUUUUUUUGACGUGACUGUUUCUAGUUCAAUUUUAGAUAGAAUUUUUUUUUUUAAUGUAGAUUUAUAAUUAUUUUUUUGCAAACGAAUUUUUUUUUCGCGUAGCAAAAGCAGUUUUUACCAGAAUGUCAAAAUUUCAUGCUUCAGUUCGUGAAAUACUUGAAGAUGUUCAUUUAUUUCUGGCUAACACUAUUCAGAAUGACGUGCUGAGUAGUGUGAGUUUAACUCAAAAAGAAAAGUUGCUCAGUAAGCUGAAAAGUCUUCAAAGUGAAUAUCCAGAACUUCAUUUGCAGUUUAAUGAAAAAGAAGAAGCAAAAUCAGAUUCGAAAAGAUGUUCUACCGCCAGUCCUCUUCCGUAUGUUGAUAUGAAUGGUGGGAGCCCAUAUAAGAUACCAUUUUUCCCAACAAAUGUUGACCAAGAAAACUAUGACGUUUGCUCUCCUAAAGAAAGAUACGACUCUUCAGAAAACCAGUCUGUCACUGGGUCGGAAGAUUAUGCAUCUGAGGAUGCAAGACUUAUUCCUGAAAUUUCAGCAAGUGAUUUGUAUUCUUGUGAAAAAGCAGGUUAUUUGGAUAAGAAAAAGAGAGAUAGUAUAAAAGGUUGGUUGAAUCCGUUUCAAAGAAGAUGGUGUGCUAUCAAAGAUAAUGUAUUGUACUAUUACGAAAAAACAACUGACCGUAAACAAAAAGGCUGCAUUGUAUUAACUGGUUAUGAAGCCAGAUCCCUUCCUGAUGAAGAGGGAAAGAAAUAUAAUCACUGUUUUGAAUUGGUUUGCCCUGGCAAACGGACUUAUCAGUUUUCUGCCCCUUCAGAAAAAGAUUUGCAGCAAUGGAUGGCUGCUGUUGAAAAGAAUAGCAAAUUUCCAGUCCAAGGUAAACCUGCAAACAGAGAAUCAAUAUCUCAUUUGGCUUGCAUUAAGAAAACUGAAAUUAAUGCUGCUGAACCUGUAACUGAAGAUAUAUAUGAAAUUGUUGAUGAAGAAAUUGUAAACUCUGAUAAUAUUCUUGAAAAAUCUGAAAAUGUUACUGACCAAAAGGAAGAAAAUGAGUGUUCUUUACAAGAAGAUCAAACUGAUCAAGAUCAGUUUUUCAAUUAUAAUGACUGGUAUGUAGGUCUGUGGGAUUGUUCAGGCUCUGAUGAUACAGAACUGACCUUUUAUCGGGGUGAUUUGAUUCAUAUUAUUAGCAAAGAAUAUGACAGUUUUGCUUGGUGGAUUGGUGAGCUACAAGGAAAAAUAGGUUUUGUGCCAAAAUCUUAUUUAAUGGAAGCAUAUGAAAGUUGCUGAAUUGUAAACAUAUUUAUUAUUAUUGUUCCAUCUUAAUUAAGAAAAAGUAUUGUUUGAAAUUUGCUGGCAUUUGUUUCAGAAUUCCUUUUUUUACUUUAUUGUUUAAGAUUGUAUUUUAAGAUUAUAUGCAUUUAUACCAACAUUAUCAUUGAAAAUGUUUGAAAAAAUUUUUCUUAUCAUAUUUCCUUUCUAGAUUUGUCUUUCAAUAAAAUAAAAGCAUUUUAGAAUUUGCAUCAGACUAUUCACAUCAGAGGAUAUGAGCUUUUAUGUAUUCCUGAAUUUCUCAGUGGUUAUAGCCCCUAUCAAAUUGUUAUUGUCAAAGCUAAUACAGAAAAAAUAAGUGAAAACAUGGACAUUUCCUUUCCUCUUUAAAUAAUGUACUAUAAUAGAAAUUUUGUAACUCUUGAAAAAAGAUUUCUAAUAUGCCCUAGAAAUAUUGUUGCAAUAUUACUGUUUAUUUAUUGCAAUUAAUUUUUAUAUGAUGAAGUUUACAUUAUUAUUAUCUUUAUAAAGAGUUGAAUAGGAAAAAAAUAUUUUUAAAUCUGUAUUAUAUUGUAAAGUUUUACAAUAAUGCUGAAAUGUAAUACAAUUAUGUUCCACAACCAUACAUUAUUAUUGCAUAUUUUGUUGAUGCUAUAAAAUAUUCUGAUCUAACUAUUUUUAAAUCUAAUUCAUACCAAAUUUUUUGCAGUAAGAUGAUAUUAUAGGAAAGGCACAUUUAGUCGGUGUAUAUUUUGUAUCAAAAUUAUAUCAAUAACGUAUGUGAAAUCAUAAUUUUAAAUCCCAAUUAUGAGAAAUCAGAUAUUUUUCAUUUUAGCAUAUUGCAUAUUGUCCUUGUUCUGUUGCACAAACAUUCUGUACUUGCACUACAUGCCAUCCGUGAUUGCACCAAAAUAAGAAUCAAAUAAAAGAUGCAAAAAGCGUUCUUAGCAUUUUAUUUGUAACUUACUCUAGAUUUUUAAUUUUAUAAAAAAAAUAGAUUAAAAAAUGAAUAUUAACAUCCUAGAAGAAUAAUUUUUAAAAAAAGCACCCAACAAAAACUUUAGAAAAGAGCUCUUGUAACUAACUGUAUCAUUUCUUGGGAAUAAAAUUAUUCCAAAAUGUUAGUCAUCACUUUCUGAAGUGCAAUUUUUCUAUUUAAAUUUCAAUGAAAAUUCAUGAAUCUCAUAUGAUUGUACAUAAAGCAAUACUUAUGAAUUUCAUCUUUCAUCCAUAUAUUGAAUAUAUUUAUGAUGAAACUACUGUAAUUUGUACUUGUAACUUCUAUGUAACUGAUUUUGUAUUCAGAUUAUAAGAAUUAAUGCUUCCUUUAAAAAUGUAUAGAUUUUCUGUUUAUGUUGAUCUUUACAAGUUCUUGCAUGAAUUUAUAAAUCUCUGAUAUACUAGGAAUUUAUAUAAAAUUAUUUGUGUAAAUUUAAUCUGUUUUAUAUAGUUAUAUUAGACCUUUAGCCACAAGAAUAAAUUAAAUUCAAUUUUUCCUACCUAAAAAACACUUUGAUUCAAAUCAGUUAUUUAUUUUUUGCUUCAUUUUCAAUUUAGCCUUUUAUUUAGAAAUAUAUCAUAAAUGUCAGUUUGAAUUUAAACAAAUGAAACUAUUAAUUUUAAUUUAAAAAUGUAAAAAAAAAAUAUGUAGGAGAAAGCAUGUGUAUUCUCAUAGCAAAUUGUCUUAUAGCUGUAAAAGGAGUCUUCUCUAUUUUUCAUCAAUUCAUCUUGACAAAGAAUUGCAGUCUAUUUAAUCACUUCUAUCAUUUGGCAACAACAACAACAAAAAAAUGUCUCAUUUUGGCUUGAAUUUUGAAACAAUUUUAGAUUUCCAAAUGAUAGAGAGAUCAAAUGGACUGAAAAUCUUUUAAAAUGCCAAUUUGGGAAAAAAUAGAGAUGGUCAUUUUUGUUUCUUCAACAAACAUUUUACCUUUAGUUUUUUGUAAUCAUUUUUGUGCAGUUUUAUGUUGCUUUUGUUUAGAAUGUAGAAUCUCAGCAUUUGUGUGUUUUUAUCCUCCUACCUCAAUUUCAAAUUUUGAAGCAGUUGCUGGCAUCUGCAGUUCAAUAUUAAUGUAACAAAAUUACAUCAUAUAUUUUAUGGGGGAAGUUUACUAAAACAUGGUCUAGUCUAUGAAAUGCAGUUUAUAUGAAACCAAAGUUUAAAUAUAAAAAUUAUUUAACUUGUAAUUUUAAGAAUUACAAGUUGAUUACUGUAAAACUCUUAAAUUAUUUGAUUUUUUGAAUUUUCCUCAAAGUAGUUGCAUAUUUGCAAUUAGUUCUUGCAGGAUUUUCUUUGUUUUGCACACUCAUUUCAGUUUUAUAUUGAUGUUUGAGUUGAAUAAAAAUUAGAGGCUACAUUUUGCUGCACACAUUUUAUUUUAUGAGUGAUUUUUCAAAAUACAAUAACUGCUCAAUAAAUUGAAUAAUUUGCUCUAAAUUCUUGAAGAAUUUUGUAUUUUUAUAUCUGCGUCUACUUACGUAUA